CUUACGAAAAUGAGUGAACUCGUAUGGGCAAUAAAAAAUGGUGAUUUGGAGCAAGUGCGGGCUAUCGUUGAGAACGAGGCAAGUAUACGAAACAUUAAAUUAUCUUUUUCUUCUAAUAUUGAAAUUAAUGAAAUGAUUGACGGAAGGACACCCCUGCAUUAUGCAGCUGAUUAUGGCCAAAGUGCAGUAGUUAGAUACCUUUUGGAAAAGGGUGCAGAUGCAAAUGCUAUAGAUAAACAUGGAAUAACAACAUUAUUAGCAGCAAUUUGGGAAGGGCAUGUAAUUUGCGUAAAAUUACUGCUAGAAAAAGGAGCUAAACCAGAUGGAUUAACACCACACGGAAUAACAACAGCACGUGAUUGUUGCGGUACAUUUGAUAAUGCAUUUGUACUUUCAUUUGCUAUAUUCUGUUCUUUUUCUAAUUGAGAAAGUCUUUCUUCCUCAGACUCUAGAUUACAUGUAUAUUCCACAUAAGGUAAAUUGUUUUUCUGUAAUAUUAGCAAGUUUUACAUUAGAUAAUUAUAUUCUACACAUAAAAAGUAGAACGAGUGAAAUACUUCACAUACAUUAGAGAUAGCAGGCAGUCGAUGUCGACUAGGCGUAUUGACAGAUGCAUGAUGUCCUUGUUGUCUGGCAUUAGCUUUUAAAAGUUCAAGAUAUAAAGGUCCUAACCUAGCAGAACCUCUAUAGAUCCAUUCUGUUCUUCCAUCAGCAUCAAAAUGCAUUUGUACUAAACUUGCAUCAACUUGAACUACUCUUGCAAUCCACCAUUUACCAUUCCAUUCCGUUUUUACUACUUGACCUGUUUGUAGUUUUACCAUUGGUCUUUCAGGAUAUGUUUCAAUAUAUUUUUUGACAAAAUCACGAGAUUCAUUAGGUAUGUCUUCCCAAACUUUAUUAGAAAAUUCUGCAACUAAAUAAAUAUCUUUGUGCUCAACAUACUGGGCAUAUCCAUCAUCAAAGAAUAUUAAAUACCUAAGAAAAUAAUAGAUUUAUUAUUACUUUAUUCACUUAUUAUUUAUAUGUUAACAUAUUUAAAAUAUUAUCUAUUAAGUAUACCUAUACUUAUUUGUGGCUUUUGGCUGUUCAGCUAUAA